AUGUCAGCUCUCAAAGGUGCCUCGGCACCAAUCUACUUCGGUUCCUUCAUUGUCACACCACAGGUCUUCUUCACCACGCCCCUGUCAUUCGCCCUUGUGAAUUUGAAACCAAUUCUUCCUGGUCAUGUCCUCAUAUCACCGCGCCGUGUCGUCCCUCGGGUCACAGACCUGACACCAGCGGAAACGAGCGAUCUGUUCCUCACAGUGCGCCGAGUCGGUCGAAUGGUCGAGCGCGUCUACGGUGCCUCAAGCUUGAACAUUGCAGUACAGGACGGCGUGCACGCCGGCCAAAGCGUGCCCCAUGUCCACGCGCAUAUAAUUCCCCGCAAGCCGGCAGACCUAGAUCACCGUGGUGGCACGGAUGCGGUCUACGAUCUACUUGAUGGGGAUGAGGGAGAUAUAGGGAAAGCGUUCAAGGAUGCUGGGGCCACCGAGGACGGCAGGAGAAAUAAAUUCCCCGCUGUCGACAACGAGGCGAGGAGUCCUAGAGGCGAGGAAGAAAUGAGGGCAGAGGCGGAGAUGUUAGCGCGGGAAAUGGAGAAGGAACCUUUGGAUUAA